GUACAUGUACUGUAAAUGUGAUGCGUUGAAUUGAAUUUAAAUAUACACCAAGCAAAGUAAUAGCAUGUGGGUGAGUUGUAGGGAAUGGCAACAGCAAGGUCAUUGGUGGGUUCCACACCAUUUCUUCUUACCUCUCUCCCAUACAAGAAGAAGAAGAAGUUGAUGAAGAACAAUAAUGCACUAAUCAAAUCAUUCCACUUGUCAUCAUCAUCAUCUUCUUCCGUCCAAGUAACAAUGUCCACGGACAACCUCAUCCAACAACCUCAUCCAUCCUUCGAAAUACUCGGAGGCGCACGUGACCGUUUCCUCCCAUCUCUCACUCACGUGACACGCCCCUACAACCCUUUCCCCUUCAUCACUUGGAACCGCCACGUCGAAACCAUCUUCGCUUCCUUUUUCCGAUCAACCCCUGACGUCACCCUCCGCCGUCACUGCCUCAGAACUCAAGAUGGCGGGUCAGUCGCUCUCGACUGGGUUUCCGGUGACGACCGUCGCUUGCCUCCUGACGCUCCACUCCUCAUUUUACUGCCAGGCUUAACUGGAGGUAGUGGUGAUUCUUAUGUUAGACACAUGUUAAUCAGAGCUCGAAAUAAAGGAUGGCGUGUUGUUGUGUUCAAUAGUCGUGGCUGUGGAGGUAGCCCUGUUACUACUCCUCAGUUCUAUUCAGCAUCGUUUUUAGGAGAUAUGCAUGAGGUUGUUUCCCAUGUCUCUGAUAGAUACCCCGAUGCUAAUUUAUAUGGCGUUGGUUGGUCACUUGGGGCAAAUAUUCUUGUUCGGUACUUGGGGCAGGAAUCACACAACUGUCCUCUUUCUGGUGCUGUAUCUUUGUGCAAUCCAUUCGAUUUGGUUGUGUCAGAUGAGGACUUCCGAAAAGGCUUUAACAAAAUUUAUGACAAGGCUCUUUCCUCAGCUCUCUCCAAGAUUUUCAACAAACAUGCUUUACUCUUUGAAGAUAUUGGUGGUGAAUAUAACAUUCCACUAGUUGCCAAUGCCAAGUCUGUUAGAGACUUUGAUGAUGGACUCACUCGUGUUUCUUUUGGAUUCAAGUCUGUGGAUGAUUACUACUCAAACUCAAGCAGUUCAGAUUCCAUAAAACACGUUCAAACACCUUUGCUGUGCAUCCAGGCAGCGAAUGAUCCGAUUGCUCCUUCUAGGGGAAUUCCUCGUGAAGAUAUCAAGGAAAAUCCAAACUGCUUGUUAGUAGUGACAUCUAAAGGUGGUCACUUGGGGUGGGUUGCUGGUGAUGAAGCUCCACUUGGUGCCCCUUGGACCGAUCCUUUGGUCAUUGAUUUCCUUCAAUAUCUGGAGACAGAAGCAGCCAAAGCUUCACAAACUGGCAGCAAUCCUGGAGUUAAUAAAGAGACAUUCCACCAUCUUCAAGUGUAGUGUGAGUGUGUGACAGUUUGUUACAUUUUUCGUCGUUCAUUCAUCAAGUACAUUCACAAACGGAACAUUCUGGAAUACUCUUAGUCGUGGAUGUGCUAACAUGUGGAAGCAACUACAUUCUUGUUCCUCCUCCAGCAAAGCAUGGUGAAUAUUAUUUAUGAUAAAGUAUAUAAUUUCAUUUAAUGAAUGGUUAUAGAAAAUAUAGAUAGAAUAAAAUAAUUAAUUUGUACUGUAAUUCUUUAAACAUUCAUGACUGUAAUUUAUUUUGAACUUUUAGAAGUUUAUCAUCGAUUUCAUUGUUAUUUUAUUGCUACA